GACCAGAGGGGACCCGAGCGAAGGGGUGAGAGACCCAGCGCCGAGACGAGGGGCGAGGUGUGUGCUAGCUGCAGGGCGGACCCGAGGACCGUGCCGGCCCUUGGCAUCCUGGGCGCUCUCUCCCCGCCUUCCCUUCCGACCCUCUGCCUCUUUCUCUCGGAUCCAAUUGUGCGGGGGACGGGGAGUGGCAAUUCGACGACAGUGUAAAGGAAUUCAUUAGCCAUGGAUGUAUUCAUGAAAGGACUUUCAAAGGCCAAGGAGGGAGUCGUGGCUGCUGCUGAAAAAACCAAACAGGGUGUGGCAGAAGCCGCAGGAAAGACAAAAGAGGGUGUUCUCUAUGUAGGCUCCAAAACCAAGGAAGGUGUGGUUCAUGGUGUGACAACAGUGGCUGAGAAGACCAAAGAGCAAGUGACAAAUGUUGGUGAGGCGGUGGUGACAGGGGUGACAGCAGUUGCACAAAAGACAGUGGAGGGAGCAGGGAGCAUCGCAGCUGCCACUGGCUUUGGCAAAAAGGAUCAGUUGGGCAAGAAUGAAGAAGGAGGCCCACAGGAAGGAAUUCUGGAAGAUAUGCCUGUUGAUCCUGACAAUGAGGCAUACGAAAUGCCUUCUGAGGAAGGGUAUCAAGACUAUGAACCCGAAGCAUAAGAAAUACUUUUACUCGCAGUUUCUUGAGAUCUACUGAGAGAUGUUCCAUCCUAUACAAGUACUCAGUUCCAACGUGCCCAGUCAUGAUAUUUUUCUCAAAGUUUUUACAGUGUAUUUUAAACUCUUCCAUCAGCAGUGAUUGAAAUUAUCUGUACCUGCCCUUACUCAGCAUUUCAGUGCUUCCCUCUCACUGAAGUGAAUAUAUGGUAGCAGGGUCUUUGUGUGCUGUGUGGAUAUUGUGGCUUCAAAUCUAAAAGUUAAAUUAAAACACCUAAGUGACUACCACUUAUUUCUAAAUCUUCACUAUUUUUUGUUGCUGUUCUUGAGAAGUUGUGAUUUAUUGUCAUAUAUUAUAAGAUUUCUAGGUGUCUUUUAAUGAUUCUGUCUAAAAAUAAUGAUGUAUUGUGAAAUUUGUUAAUAUAUACAAUACUUAAAAAUAUGUGAGCAUGAAACUAUGCACCUAUAAAUAUUAACUAUAAAAUUUUA